AUGCCUUCCCUCAUCGACCAGCUCGGCUCGCUCACCCGCUCCAUCUUCGGCGUCUUCAGCUCCAUCCUAGGCUCCAUCCUCGCCGUCUUCCAAGCCAUCCUCAGCACCAUCCUCGGCGUCCUGCAGAGCCUCGUCGCCGCCGUGGGCACCAUGCUGGCCGGGCUCGCGCACACCUUGCAGGGCCUCCUCCGGUUCCUGGUGAGCAACAUCUUGCUCAUUGGCGCCGUGGUUGGGGCUCUGUUCCUCUACAGCGUGUACCAGCAGCGCAAUGGCAAGUCGGUCGGUCAACGACCCGCGGGCGCGAAGAAGAUCAACUAG